UUACUGCUUUGCAUUUUAAACGGUUUAAUGUAUUUCCCUAGUAGAAAAAUGCACAGUCCUGGAGGCGCUCAGGGGGCGGGGCGGGAGCGCAGCUGAGCCGAGCCGGGCGCGUUUCUCGGCGUUUCAUCAUAAGGCUUUUCAAGGAUUUUUUCUUCCCCCUCUUUUGGUCUCCGUUUCAGCGUCAGCUGUUGUGAACCCAGCAGAACGAUUUCCUUUCGCGGUACCAUUACCAAACUGAAUGGAAACGCUGACUGGCUUCUUUGGACUUUAAGCCUUUUUUUUGGUUUUGUUGUUGGGAUUUUUUUGUGUGUGUGUGUUUUUUUUAAUGUCUGAUGCAACGGAGCUCUCGGCGGAGGAAUGGGGCAGUGGUUGAAUGGCCGCGGGUAGUGAGUGGGGGUCUGGCCGAGUUUCAGGUCUUGGGAGAACCUCUUUUCUUCUUCUUCUUGGUGGAAAUACCCAUAAAACCUGUCUUUGAAACCAUUGCCCGACCCAGGGAUCAGCAAAAAGAGACCCGUAAUGCCAGGAAUGGUCAGUAAAAACCCAGAUCUCGAGUUCGACUCUUUGCAGCCCUGUUUCUAUCCAGACGAAGAUGAUUUUUAUUUGUGCGGGCCGGACUCCGCUCCCCCCGGCGAGGACAUCUGGAAAAAGUUUGAGCUACUGCCCACCCCUCCCCUGUCUCCCAGCCGGGCCGGGCUCCAGGAGCACCCUCCGGGGUGGGGCCCUGUGGCGUGGGGAGGGGCGGCCCUGGGGGGCUGCCGCCCCACCGAUCCCCUGGACUGGGCGUCCGAGCUACUCCUGCUGCCCCCCGAGGCCGACCUGUGGGGCGGCGCGGACGGAGGGGACUUCUUCGAGACGGGGCCCGGCAUGACCAACAAUCUCAACUCCAUCAUCAUCCAGGAUGAUGAAGAUGAGGAGGAAGAGGAUGAAGAAGAAAUAGAUGUUGUUACAGUGGAGAAAAGACGCUCCUCCACCAACAAGGCUGUUACCACCCUUACUAUUACAGUGCGUACUAAAAAUACUACUUUUCCAUCAGUCACAACACAGCAGAAUGGACUGAUUUUAAAGCGUUGCGCACCAAUUCACCAGCAGCAUAAUUAUGCCGCUCCUUCUCCAUACAUGGAGCCUGAAGAAGCUCCACCGCAGAAAAAGUUAAAAACCGAGGUGCCCCGUCCAGUGAAACCCAUGAUCCAACCAAAGCCUAAGAGUUCAAGUCCUCGAAACUCUGAUUCAGAGGAUAGUGAACGUCGACGCAACCAUAACAUCCUGGAGCGUCAACGACGUAAUGAUCUACGGUCAAGUUUCCUCACACUAAGGGACCAUAUUCCAGAACUGGUUAAAAAUGAGAAAGCUGUGAAAGUUGUGAUCUUGAAAAAAGCCACUGAAUAUGUUCAUUCUCUUCAGGAAGAGGAGCAAAAAUUAUUGCUAGAAAAGGAAAAAUUGCAAGCCAGACAACAACAAUUGCUAAAGAAAAUAGAAUACAAGAGGACUUGCUAAACUUUUUUUUUGUUUUGGUUCUUUUUUUUUUUUUUGGCUGACCAGGACAGUCAUUGCCACUUUGCACAUUUUUGAUUCUUUUAAAAAAAUUGUGUUUUUUGACGUUAAGAAUGUUGGUUUUAAUUUCAAUCCAGUCCCUGAAGUAAUCGACAAACUAUAUUAUCCGGGUACGGAGCAAAUGGAUGUUCUUGCAAGGAGUUUAUUGCAAGACUACCAAACAACAAAGAACUGCCUUUGUUUUUCUUCUUAAGAACUGUAGAUGGUGGGGAUUUUUUUUGUUUAAUUGUUGUGAGCAUUUGGAGCUGCUGAUGACAUCUAGUUGAGUUUUAAAAUGUUCAUUUCUAAGUUUUAUGGUGCUUAUGUUCUAACAGAUGUUACUUUAGGGGUUGGCAUUUUGUACCCCUGUGGGAAUUUCUGUAAAUACCAUCUACACACUUGCCUUUUGUACAUGUCUUGGGUUAUGAGAGGUGGCUUUUGCUGCCAGUAUUAGACUGGAAGUUCAUACCUAAGUACUGUAAUACCUCAAUGUUUGAGGAGCAUGUUUUUGUAUACAAAUAUAUUGUUAAUCUCUGUUAUGUACUGUACUAAUUCUUACAUUGCCUGUAUACUUUAGUAUGAUGCUGAUACAUAACUAAAUUUGAUACUUAUAUUUUCGUAUGAAAAUGAGUUGUGAAAGUUUUGAGUAGAUAUUACUUUAUCACUUUUUUGAACUAAGAAACUUUUGUAAAGAAAUUUACUAUAUAUGCCUUUUCCUAGCCUGUUUCUUCCAGUUAAUGUAUUUGUUAAUGUUUGGUGCAUAGAACUGGGUAACUGCAAAGUUCUGUGUUUGAUUUCUUCCAACGAUGUACAUUUAGUGCUGCGUCUUAUAGCACUUUGAAAUACCUCAUGUUUAUGAAAAUAAAUAGCAAUUACAUGA